AAAAAAGGAUUUUUAGUUGAUUUUAGCAGCAGCAACUCGGCGGCCAGCGUUGCGCGUCCAAAGCCGCGAAUUAUUCUCUCAAAGUUCGUACUAUUAAAAAAAAAAGCAGAAUAAACCAAAAACAAAAAUAUAAAAACAAAUCCCCAAAAUGCGGUGCGGUUUAACUAAAUAAAAAGAAGAUAGCCCCUUUUUUGGAAACGAAUAAGUGCACGAUUAGCAAGUGCCAGAAAUUUUGAUAGUGAUUUUGAUCAAAUAAAACCCAUCAAAAUGUCGACAAUUGUGGAACAGGCACCGAAAACGGCGGCAACUACAUCCCAGAGUGCAGCAUCAGCAGUGGCGACAUCGGCCAUAUCCACAGCUGGCACGCCCCCUGGAACGGCUAGUGCCACGGUAGCGACAGCGGCAGCCACUUCCGCUCCCGCGGCGUCGGAAAUUGAACAACUGCAACAGGCACUAAUCGAAAAGCAAACGCAGCUAUACGCCCUGGAAACCGCCUGUCUGCGGGAAACAGAGCGCCAGGUGGAGCUCGAGGACAGCGUGAUAGCGUGGCAGGACAAGUACGACCGCCUCUACGAGUCCCACAAGCGUGUCCAGAAGGUCAACCAGAGUCUGGAGGACAAAAUGCUCAAGCUGGUGGACCGGAACGCCGGGGAGCGGGCCCAGCUGACCAGCGAUGUGGCCACUUUGAGUGUCCGUCUGGCCCAGGCCAACUUCAAUAUAGCCAAGUUGCAGAGGGAAAUCGAACGCUACAAGGCUGACAUUAGCCUGGCCAUACAAUUGCUGCAGUGCAAGCCGGAUAGUUUUGUGUCCCAAAAAGUGUCAUCGCUACCCAUUGAUAUUCAAUCCAAGGUGUCGGCGUACAUGAGACUGGAAACAAACUCCCAUUCCGACUCGGAGUGCAGUAAUAGCGGAGUGGGCGUGGCCACCACAGCUUCCUAUAAAGUGCUUCCGGCCUCCGACUCGCCGCCCCCCUCCGCCUGCCCCUUCCCGCCCACGGCCAUGGUCUAUUCGAUGCGGGGACUCGGUAGGUACGCCGCCAAUGGGAAUGAAGCCAACAAUCCCCAGCAGCAAAAGUCCAACCAGGCCACAACUAACAAUAACAUCACCAGCAGCAACAAGGACUCUAUUAACAACAACAAUAACAACAAUAAUACCAGCGGCAACAACAACAAGUUCGGCACAACAACCAGCAAUUGUAAUUCGAAUCAAACUACCAAUCCCGACAUGAUAUCGCCAACCAUAAUGGCCAAGUUUCUGGAGGACGAGCUGAAGGCGAACGAGGUGAAACACUGCGACACGUGUCAGUGCAGCAAGCAGGACCUGCAGGUCCUGGCGGAUCUGACGCGUUCCUACACGGUGGCCACCCAGACGCCGCACCAGCUACAUCUCCAGGGAUCGGGAUUGAACGAGUCCAACUUGACCCAACUGUGUUUGCGGUGUCACAGCAACUUGAACUCUCCGUCGCGAACCAAUAGUCCAUAUCUGAUGAAGCUGGUCAAGUCCAGCGACUCGGUUAUAUCAGAAACCAAGAGCUCUGUAUCGGAUCUGAAUGAUAUGGACAAACUGUUCACCCCGGCCAAGAAGGACGAUCUGAUGGUGAACCCUAUCCUUGGGCAUCAUCGCUUGUGUGAGAGGACAGUUGCAGUUCCAGGACAAGGACAGGACUACGCCAGUGGCAAGCUAACCACUUCCACCAUGAUGUAUCCAACCACUCAUUUGGGUGCCUAUGCCGCCGAGAAAUAUCUCCUGGAGACCAGUAAUCUCGGCCAGCUGAGAAAUGGCUAUCAGAGACGGUUCCUAGAUGGCGGAGGAACGGCUUUGCAGCUUUUGAACAAAUUCGAGGCGGCAGGUGUUGGUACCGGAGGCCCUGUACCGGAUGAACUGGAGCAGGACGAGGUCAGUAAGCCCCUCCUGGCUGGCGUUUCGCAGGCGAAUCUCUUGGAAGCCGACCAGGCCCCCACACCACAGCCCCAGGUGGCGAGCACUGCGAAGCUGGAAGAUGUGUGCGAACCGACGCCUUUGGUUACCAAGUCGGUGGCUCCUUCCGUAAACGCAGCUCCAGCCCAGCUCAAGUCCACCAACUCGGGCAGUGUCCAAAGCUUGUGGAGCAACAAGACCAGCAGCUGUGAGGGAGCCAAAAUGUUUGAGACCUUCAACAGGAACCUCAUAAAAACCAUCAAGGCUGAGAACCCCAAGUACCGAGGACCUCGUCUGUGCGCCAUGCGGAUUCAGCAGAACGGGCAGAGCAACAUCCUGCUGGACAAUCUGGAAUCUAUUGAAACCUACACCCCGGUGAUCUACAAGCGACGGGAGCGACUCCUCGACGAGGAACUCAACGAUGGCAAGGACAUCAUAACCAGCAAGGAGAGCAAUGCAGCGGCAACCGUAGAGGCCUGGCAAGGACCAGCUGCUCCCCAUGAGAAUGUGGCCCUGCAGCCAGUGCUGGAACCCCAAGUGGAGGCUCAGCAGCAACUGCAACAGCAACAACAACAGCAGCAGCAGCAACUUCCGGAUGCGGAGGCGGAGAAACCCAAGGCGGGAGAUCCACCCGUAAGCGUCAAUCCUGGAGUGAACUCGCCCAAGCACUCAGCCAACUCCAGCUCCAUCAGCGAUGUCAUCGACUAUCAGGAGAGUGUGCUGCUGAGGCGGCAACAGCUCAGUCGGGUGGCCGAGUGGGUGCAGCACAACACCCAGCAGCUGGAGCAGAGGAACCUGCAACAGCCACCGGCGGCCAGUGACUCCAACUCGGGCACCGAACGGCAGUCCUCGUACUCCACCCUGGACCGCAUGGACUCCAUAUCCAUAGAGAAGCUGUCGAUGGACUCUGGCUACAAGACCACGCCGCAGCAGCUCACCAAUGGCUAUCCCGAGAAGUCCACUGAGGAUUCGCUGUCCCCCAAAACGGACAUCACCAGCAACUCUCUGCCAGAGAAUCCGGUAGGACUUGUGGCUGUCGCGCCCAACGUAGAGCCAAAGACUACGGAAAUGUGCACCACCUACUACAGGAGGACCACACGGUCUGGUCUGCCGGUGGCCUACACCACUGUGGCAGUUCCUCCCUCGGAAGUCCCGGCGGGCGCAGUGUCCUCCACGUCCUCCGGAUCAGAGCCGCUGAUCUUGCCCGAACAGCCCACUUGUGAUAUUCUCAACUACAAAUACUAUCCCAAUGACACGGACAAGACGCGAUCCGUGCAGGCGGAGCUGCACACCACCACCCAGAACGUGGACAUUGCCCAGAUGGAGUACAACGUGAAGCAGUUCCUGCUGAAGCAGAACGAGUGGUCCAUGCACGGAGCUGGAGCCGGGGCAGGAGCAGUCCCUGGGCCCGGAGGAGUGGUAGGAGUAUCGCGCUUGAUGCAGCGCCGGAUCCUGGGUCCCGGCGUGGGGGAGAGGGUGCGCAUGGCCACUCCCGGAGGAGCUGUGGCCGCCAUAAGCGCCGCCACCACCCAGUCCGGCAUGCUGCCGCCCCACAGAACUGAAACGAAUUUAUAAGAAAACGGGGAGAGUGUCGGUGGGAGGUCCGACGAGCCAGAUGAGAUGGGAAUGUUGGCCACACAUCCAAGGAGGAAACCAAACUGUAUUCUAGUCUAGUUUUGCUACUUUUAGUUC